AUGAGCAACUAUCCAACUGCAGAUACGGCCAUCAAAACAAUAAACCUAGGCCGAGAGACUUGCGAGCUAGAUUCUAUCUAUCACGUCAAAGGCGAUGCAGGACUCAUGGCAUAUGAGCCUGAAGGCUGGGUAAAUGAAACCCAGGCCGAAUCAUUUUCGACGCUUUAUCAACUGGCCGUUGUGUCUGAAAAGCAAGCACGAGUUGUGGAGCAAGUUGCGAAAUGCGAAUCUCCUUCUCACGCGCCUAAUCGGCAUUCUGUUGUUGAGAAUUGCCAGGAAUAG